AUGUACAAGAGCGGGGCGGCGGCAGCAGACGACGUCGAGCUGGGCGACUACGAGCAGGAGCACGAGCGGAGAGGGACGGUAUGGACGGCGACGGCGCACAUUGUGACGGCGGUGAUCGGCUCCGGCGUGCUGGCGCUGGCCUGGAGCGUGGCGCAGCUGGGCUGGGUCGCGGGGCCCCUCGCGCUCGCCGGCUUCGCGUGCGUCACCUACUACACCUCCACGCUGCUCGCCAACGCCUACCGCGCGCCACACCCCGUCACCGGCGACAGGAACCGCACCUACAUGGACGCCGUCAGAUCCUACCUCAGUCCCAGAGAGGUGCUCAUGUGCGGGAUCGCGCAGUACGUCAACCUGUGGGGCACCAUGGUUGGCUACACCAUCACUGCAACCAUAAGCAUGGCCGCGAUCAGGCAGUCCGACUGCUUCCGCCGGAACGGCGCCAGCGCGCACUGCGACGCAUCAGGGACCGUGCUGAUGCUGGCGUUCAGCGUAGUCCAGGUGGUGCUGUCCCAGUUCCCUGGCCUGGAGCACAUCACCUGGCUGUCCGUCGUCGCGGCUGUCAUGUCGUUCGCCUACUGCUUCAUCGGCCUCGGGCUCUCGGUGGGGCAGUGGGUGUCUCACGGCGGCGGUCUCGGGGGCAGGAUCGCAGGUGCUGCCGCGGCGUCCUCCACCAAGAAGCUCUGGAACGUGCUCCUUGCCCUGGGGAACAUUGCCUUUGCUUACACCUUUGCGGAAGUACUAAUUGAGAUCCAGGAUACACUCAAGUCACCACCACCGGAAAACAAGACGAUGAAGAAGGCAGCAAUGUAUGGGAUUGGAGCUACCACCAUCUUCUACAUCUCUGUUGGCUGCGCUGGGUAUGCUGCAUUUGGUUCAAAUGCCCCAGGCAACAUCCUGACGGCAGGCGGGUUGGGUCCCUUCUGGCUCGUAGACAUUGCUAACAUGUGCCUCAUCCUCCACCUGAUUGGUGCAUACCAGGUAUAUGCUCAACCUAUCUUUGCUUCAGUUGAGAGGUGGGCUGCCUUCCGGUGGCCGGAAGCCAAGUUCAUCAACAGCGCAUACACCGUCAGCAUCCCCCUCAUGCAGAGAGGAUCGGUGACCGUUGCACCGUACAAGCUCGUCCUACGGAUUGUUAUAGUUACCGCUACGACUCUGGUGGCACUGAUGAUACCAUUCUUCAACGCUGUGCUGGGGCUCCUCGGUGCGUUCAGCUUCUGGCCGCUGACGGUUUACUUCCCCAUAAGCAUGCACAUUGCCCAGGGCAAGAUCACAAAGGGGACGAAGUGGUAUCUUCUGCAGGCUUUGAGCAUGGUUUGUUUGAUGAUUUCAGUGGCCGUGGGUAUAGGCUCUGUGACUGACAUUGUCAAUAGCUUGAAGGUCUCUUCCAACCCUUUCAAACUGUAA